AUGAAGAGUUUUUUAUCCCCCCCCGCAGAUGAUGAAGGACCCGACCCUCCUGAACAGUUCACUGCUGUCAAGCUGUCUGACAGCAGGAUAGCCUUGAAGUCCGGGUACGGGAAGUACCUGGGGCUCAACUCCGACAGAUUGGUGGCGGGCCGCUCUGACGCCAUCGGCUCCAGAGAGCAGUGGCAGCCCGUCUUUCAAGAAGGCAAGAUGGCUCUCCUGGCUGCAAACAGCUGCUUCAUCUCCUACAGCGCCAGCGACGACAUCAAGGCCAAGAGCAAGACGGCGGGCGAUGGCGAGAUGGUGAAGAUCAGGUCGUGUGCGGAGCAAGAGUUCAAGCACAAAGAUGACAUCGCUGAUGAGGACCGAGGCAAUGUGAAGUCCUGUGAGGUCAAUUACGUGAAGAAGUUUCAGAGUUUCCAGGACCGUCGCCUCAGGGUGAACGAGGACGAGACGUGCUCGCUGAAGAAAGCCAGGCUGGACGGGAAGUUUUACGAGGCUUUACUCCACAGGAGGAGCAAAAUGAAAGCAGACCGGUACUGGCUGAAUUUCAUCUUUCCUGGCUGA